AUGCCUCCUAAGGGUUCCAAGAAGGCUGCCGUGGCUCCCGCCACCCCCAAGCCCGAGUCUGGCGACGAGGCUCCUACCACUCCUGCCACUGGAGUCAAGAAGACUCCUAGAAAGCCUAGAGCACCUGCUAAGGUCUUCAACAAGCUGUCGAAUGCUCUCAGCAGUGCUGCCCCUGUCGAUGUGACCUUUGAGAACGACACUGUUCAGAGCAAGCCUCUGGCCAAGGAUGCCAACCAUGGACAGAACGUGAGACUCGUUGCCGCCCAACCUUUUGAAUUGGUUGCCUCCUACAUGCUUGACAACGGUCUCCAGGCCAUCAUCAUCAAGCCCAGUGCUCCAUUCCCGUUCAUGAAGCUUCCCAAGCACAUUCGCACCAGAAUUCUGAGCCUGAACCUUGCCCCUACCAACCCCAAGAGAGGCAUUGAGCUUGUCACCGAGAACAAGAGCGGUAGCGUCAAAGCCAAGGACUACGUCAAGGAGUUCAAGGAGAAGGACGGCUGCAACCACGCCAAGCACAGAAUUGCUGUCGCCCAGUUGAACAAGGAGCUGGCUACCGAGGCACGUCAAAUCCUCUACAGCUACAAGCUCCGUUUCGACACUACCACCACUCUGCUCAAUUUCCUGAGCAUGGUUGGUGAUGAGGCCCGCAAGGCCAUGUCGAACAUCACCAUCGUGACCUACACCAAGGCUACCGCCAUGCCUUGCAUGAACAUGUUGGCCGACUGCCGUAACCUCCAGAGGGUUUCCAUCAUUGGUGGUGUCGGAACCAACGCCACUCCUCAGAAGGCCGCCAAGUCCUUCUUCACCGAGAGCGGCCGCCUGCUUCAGGCCAUUGUCCAUGCCGCUGAUGGUGACAAGGAUGCUGCACUCAACGUCGUCAUCUUUGGCAAGAACUGCUUCACCAUCAAGGAGGAGGAUGAGAUUGUUAGCUGGGAUGACGACCAGACCGAGGACUUCUGCCAGCAGGUCGUCGACAAGCUGAAGUAA